GACCAGCGCCCGCGUUCCACACACCUGCGCAGCGCUCCCAGGCGCGGUCUUGGCGGAGCGACUCCCGAGGAGUUCGGGGCUUCGCUUUCCGCAUCCAGAUCCCUUGUGGAAGGUCGAUGUUCUCGGUGUAAACGCGGCUCUUUUUGAAGUGAGAUCCGUGGGACUCGGCUCCGUUCCGGCCAGCCCGGAACGACAAGUUGGCGCACUGCGUUUCCUGAUUGACCUCUUUGGCGGUCACUUCCGCCUAAGGGUUUGGAAUAUCCCAGGCGAACAGCCGGAAGGCACUUCCGGUGCCUGUCGCCUAGGCGCCGGCCCCGGUGGGCCUAGAGGAGCGCACCAUUGGCUUCGUCCUCUACCCCCUUCCUGGGGGUCGAGAUGUCGGGGCUCAGCUACGCAGAGAGAGAGGGCUGUCGUAAGCUGCUCGGCCUGCUGGAGAACGAGGAGAUCAUGGCCCUAUGCGACACCAUCACCAACCGCCUGGUGCAGCCUGAAGACCGCCAAGAUGCCAUUCGUGCAAUAUUAGUGUAUAGUCAAAGUGCAGAAGAACUUCUGAAGCGAAAAAAAGUCCACCGAGAUGUCAUAUUUAAGUACUUGGCAUCUCAGGGGGUUAUUAUACCUCCAGCUACUGAAAAACACAAUCUUAUUCAGCAUGCUAAAGAUUACUGGACAAAGCAAUUACAUCUGAAAUUGAAGGAAACACCAGAGCCAGUUAAGACCUCUGAGGACAUUAGACUCUCUCAACAGCAGGAGAAAGAAGAUAAAACUGAAAAAGUUGAUUUUCGUCGAUUAGGAGAAGAAUUCUGUCACUGGUUCUUUGAACUUCUUAAUUCUCAGAAUCCUUUUCUUGGACCACCUCGAGAUGAAUGGGGGCCACAGCACUUCUGGCAUGAUGUUAAGCUUAGGUUUUAUUACAAAACAUCUGAACAGAAUGUGAUAGACUACCAAGGAGCAGAAAUUGUGAGCCUUCGUCUGCUGUCACUUGUGAAAGAAGAACAUCUUUUUCUCAGUCCCAACCUUGAUUCCCACGGAUUGAAAUGUGCUUCUUCUCCCCAUGGACUGGUUAUGGUUGGAGUUGCUGGGACUGUCCACCGAGGAACUACUUGUUUGGGCAUUUUUGAACAAAUUUUUGGACUCAUCCGCUGCCCUUUUGUGGAGAAUACUUGGAAAAUCAAAUUUAUCAACCUGAAAAUUAUUGGGGAGGCUUCCCUUGCCCCUGGAACAUUAAUGAAACCAGCUAUUACAUUUGAACCAAGUGAUCUGGAGGCCUUUUAUAAUGUAAUCACUUUCUGUGGUACCAAUGAAGUACUACAUAAUGUAAGGCAGGUGAAUAGUGGAACUGGAGACCAAACUUUACGCAGGAAAUGAGGCAUUGUUGAACAAAAGAGAACUGAGUUUCAGUAAUCCUCCAAAGCAUUGAGCACUGUGUCAGUCUAUACAGAUACUCUUCCAGAUAGUACACUGACAUAUUUUAGCUGAAAUAUCUUUUUUGACUACAGACUAACACAUGUGAAUACCUGCCUCUUUCUACCUGAGCGCAGCAAAUGUUCUGAGGGCUUAGUGCAGUUUAUCAAAUAAAUCCCACUUUAGAUGUUACAAACACUGUGCCUUAGAAACCAGAUAAUAUUUUCACUGUAUUCUGCUAAUGUGGGUACUUUUCAUGUGGAAAGGGAGUGAUGGUGUUCAGGGCUUCUUCCCCUUUUCAAGUUUCUUUUAACAAUUUGGAUAAUUUUACAAACACAUCUCAUGGAUAGUAUUUUUAAAAUAUGCAAUUUUUUAAGAAGUGCAUAUUUUAGAGAUGUUUUAUAUAAAAUCAAAAUUCUUUAGAAGACUUCAGUGACAUUCAUAUGCAAAGGGUUUAGUAAUUUAGCAGAUGUAGAAAAAUUUUCUUUGCAUUUUUAAAAUUUGAGGAACAUAUUUCAAAGUUACCUACUGUAGUCCAGUUAAAUAUCCUACAACCUGUAGUAUUUUCUGAAAUAUUUUGGGCAAUAAGUGCUGUUCUCAAAACAGACAUCAUCUAAGGCUUUAACAGUUUUAUGGAGCAUUUAUUGUAACACCUACAAAAGAAACAUGCUGUUGGAAUUUUUGAAAAGGUGUGCCCUGUUCCUUGUAAUUGAAUUACUGUUUUUCCUCUUACUUGAUCUAUAAAAAACUAUAAUGUAAGGAAUAUACUCCCUCAUCAUAAUUUGUUUUAUUAGGUUUGAGUUAUGAGGUUAAAGUUGACAAAUUAAUUACAUAGUUGGUUUAAAAUUUAAAUUUCUCAUCACCCAACAGCUAUUUACUGAUCCUGGAUUUUGUAAUUCAUUUCCAAAAUGCCAUUUGGAAAAAAUUUUAACUGGGAAAUACUGCGAUUAUGUAUUGUACAUGCUGUCUUUUUGCCUUUAACUCUGCUCAUGAUCAUCAGGGUAACUGAAAAGAAUUUUGCGGGCAAGAGGAAAACACUCUUUUUUUUAAUGCCAUGCCUCUUAUGGGGAGUACAAAUUGAUAUGUCCUAAAAUAAAAACUUAAUAAAGGAGGGAAUUCUCUUUUGUCUUCUAUUAGAAUAGUGUAUUGUUUAGAUUUAAAGCUAAAUUUUCUUUUUCUCUAAGCCAGAAAUAUCAUUGUAACACAUAAUUGCAUCUGCAAUUUGUAAGUUACUGAAUCAAGUGCAAAAUAAAAUAAUCCAUUGGUAGGUAGGCCCUUUGCAGAAGGAUUCAAUAUUAACCUUUUAUGUGGUCAGAAAAACAGAAAACAUUUGAUUGAAAUUUUAAAUCGAUAUAUGGUUCUAGCUAAGUCAUAUAGAUCUUAUUAAUACACGAUAUAGGAUAUUUUGACAGACCACUUUUAUUUAUAGAGUUGGAAGGAAAAUAUUUAGAAUUAUAUCAGAGUGCACUGAAUCCUAUUAGCUUUAUUUUUCUACUUUGAGCCUUUCCAAUAGUCUUUCAGUAAAAAGUAUUAAUAUUAAAAUUGUGAUUUUGCAAUGAGUUAUAAUGUACCUCAAAAUAUUAAGCCAGAAUUGCUUGCGUUCGAAUAACUGUCCUAGAAUUUGGUACCUCCUAAUCUCUGUUUCCAGUACUGCCAAAUUUAAUUUCCCUUUUUAGUGAGUCAUUUGGUGAGGAUUCUUUAAUUAGCAUUUUCCAGACACCCUAAAUCUUAAAUAUGGUAUUUCAUUUGAAUUAAUGAAUUAAGGAUUAAAAAAAUCCCUGUGUCCCCCAGCCAUCUGUGUUACUUGUCCCAUCUGAUGUUUUCUUAACAAAAAAUUAAUAAAUAGAAAAGCCAGUUUCCUGGAAUCAUUUAGUUGCAUAAAUUUGCAUUAAUCUUUUUCAUCUCCCAUCUUUUACUAUACUGAUGUUUAGUAUAAACAAGUAUCUUAAACGGUUACAUGUAAGUUACUUUUGCCUUCUUAGUAGAUGGUAAAUUCCUAGAACUGGUGAUUCUUAAUUAUUUUCACAAUCUUCCCCUGUGAUUGCACAGGGUAAACUAAAUUUUGGGUGAUUGAUAUGCUUGCUACUUUCCCUUGCAUAUUGUGUUUAUUAUUUACUCCUGUGGACAGCUAAAUGCAGUAGAUACCAUUGUACUUUUUUUUAACCAAAAAACAAGUAACUUCUCAGUUUUUGGAGCUAAUGGUAGAGCCUAGUUUUAAACUCGGGUAUUAGAACCUCAGAACCUUGUUGUUAGCUACUAUAUAUAUAUUGCCUCUUAUAUGUAGUAAGUUUUUAAUGAACCCUU